AUGGCACGUACAAAACAAACCGCCCGUAAAUCAACUGGAGGAAAGGCCCCACGAAAACAGCUGGCUACAAAAGCAGCCCGUAAAAGCGCGCCCUCUACAGGUGGUGUGAAGAAGCCCCAUCGUUACCGGCCUGGAACUGUUGCGCUGCGUGAAAUUCGCCGUUACCAGAAAUCAACAGAGCUUUUGAUUCGCAAGCUCCCUUUCCAGCGACUGGUGAGAGAAAUUGCUCAGGAUUUCAAGACUGAUCUGAGGUUCCAGAGUGCUGCCAUAGGUGCACUGCAGGAGGCUAGCGAGGCCUAUUUGGUUGGGCUGUUUGAAGAUACCAAUCUCUGUGCCAUCCAUGCCAAGCGGGUGACCAUCAUGCCCAAAGACAUCCAGCUUGCUCGCAGGAUACGAGGAGAGCGGGCAUAG